UCCUCUUCCGCCUCCUCCCUCGUCCUCCCCUUCCCUCGUCCUCCUCCUCCCCCUCCUUUCCCUCCUUUUCCUCGUCGUCGUCCUCCUCCACCUCCUUCGCCCUCCUCCUCCCUCCUGCUCCCCUUCCGGGCGAGGCUACCCCGGCCAUGUUGGCAGCUCUGCGUGGCAACGCGGAGGCCCUGCACAUGCUCAUCGCAUCUGGCGCGCGGGUGGACGCCUGCGACGCGCGCGGCGACACAUGCCUGCACUACGCGAUCAGGGGCCGCUGCGAGGAGUGCCUGGACGCGCUCGCGUCGUGCCCCGGCGCGAGGGGGCUGCUGCAGCCCGAGGCGCGGGGCGGCCGCGCCGAGGAGCUCCAGGCGCUGGCGCGGUCGCUCUCCGAGGGCGCCUCGCCCGAGCCAGGGGAGGUGCAGAGGCAGCUGGCCGCGCUGCUGGCGCGGAGGCAUCGCGGCAGCGCCGCGCACAAGGGCACCAUGUCUGUGAAGCCUACCGCGGUCAGGCAACUCAGGGCGCGGGGCUCCUCUGUGCGCGCGUGGCUGCGCCCCGUUCCGCGCGGCGCAGUACAGUCGGCCCGGAUUAGUAGGUCGAC